ACAGUCAGCUGUUAAAGAGCUCAGUGCGGUGGAGUGCUCGUGUGUUAGUUAUACUCAUCUGCUGUUCAUUCAUUCAUACACACACACACACACACACACACACACACACACACAUCUCCAGACCUGAAGCAGGAUAUGAGAGUUAAAUCUAGGAGGAUUUCAGCACCGACUCUCUCUCUCCAUCUUCUUCUUCUUCUUGUGCUGGAUGGAGUUUCCUCUUACACUGAGUUUGAGAUCUCGGUACCCACUCGUGUACAGAUGGCUGUGUACGGCGAGGCGGUGCUUCUGUCCUGCACGUUCCCAGUGAGCGGCUCGUGGGACGCAGGCAGCAGCGUGAUCACGUGGCAGCGCCACCUAGAGGUGGUCCACAGUUUCUUCCACGGCCGAGACCAGCUGCAGUACCAGAGCCCGAGAUACGCCAACCGCACCAGCCUGUUCCACCAGGAGAUGAACAAGGGGAACGCAUCGCUCAGGCUGGACCGUACCACUCUGGAGGAUGCGGGGGAGUACACCUGCUCCAUCAGCACUCAGCUGGGCAGCCAGAUGAAGAGCUUCGGCCUCAAAGUAGCAGCGUUCUACACCGAGCCUCGUCUGCACAUCUCCAUGCUGAACGACGGCCACGUGGAGGUGCGGGUGACCUCAGAGGGCGGGUACCCCUCCCCCUCGCUGCAGUGGCUGAUGGGUAACGAGAGCGACAUCACCAACGUCACACACACGCAGCUGAGGCAGGACCAACACACACGUCUGUACAGCGUGAACAGUAAACUGAACCUGAGCGGCACCGUCAACUCCUCCAUCACCUUCUUCAUGAAGAACCCAGAUCUGGGCCAGGAGAUCAGGAGGAACAUCGACCUCCUCUCAGAAAAUGGAGGAUUUGAGCAGAGCGAACGGCGAGCACUAUUCAUCGGACUUUCCAUUGUUGGAGUUUCGUUACUAGCGCUGAUCAUUUUAGUAAUUAUUAUUAUCCUUCGACACCGGAAGAUGAAGAAAUAUAACUCCCGAAAUACUUCCGAGACUAAUAUAGAGUCAUCAGCAGCUUCGACCCAUCAGACAGAAACAGAGAAAUCUUCAACAGAUGCAGCUGAGAGUAUUACAGAAACUCUGUUAAAGAUCCCAGAAGAGAUGGUUAGAUUAGAGCGAUAAAUGUAGUUUUUUAUUAGAUAUUUAUUUAAUUUAGCUUUAAAUGUAAACUGUGAGUGCUCGUGUCACUCCACUGCUUUUUCCACCUGCGUGGAGUCACGGCCUCGAAACGACGUCUCCAUCCUGAUCACUACCUCCUGACAUUCCUGCUUCUGUGCUUACAGAAACAUUUGGACAUUGAAGAAUUUGGACAUUAGUGUCUAUAAUGAUUGUAUGAACAUAUAAAUGCCACGUCCCAUCCGGGGUGUAUUCUCCCGCGGGAAAGCUCCGGAUCUGCUGCGACUCUGAGCAGUGUAAAGGGCUUACUGAAGAUGAAUAAAUAACAGCAUCCUAGA